CGCACAUGGCACAUGUGGGCGAACGAGAGCGUAAAGACGAGCGCGCUUGUCCCCGCCCUCGUGAUGCAGGCGCUCGCGACGGGCCUGCUGGACGCCACGACAUACACAGACUUUAUGACGUUCGCGAGCAACCAAACGGGCAACGCGAUCCUCCUGACCGUCGCGGCGGUCGGCACGGUGUCGCAGUCGACGACGCUGCUCAUCCGCACAGCCGUGUCGUUCGGCUCGUUCCUCGCCGGCGCCUUCGUCUUCGGACAGGUCGGCUACUUUGUCGGCGUGCGCCGCCGUACGUGGCUGAUGGUAUCCACCGCCCUCCAGACCCUCUUCCUCGUCGUCGCGUGCAUCCUCCUCUCGCCACACGGCCCGGCCGUCACCCACGUCGGCGGCCCGCACGACUGGGUCAUCCUCAGCCUCUUCGCACUCAUGAGCGGCGGCCAAGUCGCCAUGGCCCGCCAGAGCAGCUGCCAAGAACUCCCUACCGCACCCAUGACUUCGACGUUCGUCGACUUUGUCGCCGACCACUACCUCUUCACCGGGUGGAACGACCCCAAGGCUGUCAGCCGCAACCGCCGCUUGUACUAUGUCGUCGCGAUGAUCGGUGGCUCGUUCCUCGGCGCGGUUAUGCACCGCUACUCGAGCUCGUGGAUUGUUGCGGUCAUCGCAGUUGGGAUAAAACUCGUUGCGCUGGCAAUGGUC